CCCCCCCACGCCACAAUGUGAUUGGUUAAAGGAGGACGUCAAUAACUUGGUAUUUGCUUUCUGUUGUUUAUUCGGUGUUUUUUUUUUGGAGAGUCAUGAUAUUUGUUUGUGUCUGGCCCGGCUGCGUUUCUUUCCUGAAUUUCUGAGCUCAGAGUGGAAGCCAUGCGGUGCGGGUACAUCGGGGCUAUCCUAUUGUGGGCUGUCAUGGCUACAGAGGCGAAAGUAGUCCCUUCCCCUCCAGAUUUUGGGAGCAGCUAUCAUGUCAAAGGGAUGAUCACUCUGCCCUAUGCUGAGAUCAAGGAGCCAUUUGAGGCCUGGUUUGACCUUGCAGCAAAAUCCAGCCGAAUAGACUACUACCGUGGCCAAGUGUCAACAUACCAGUUGGGGGCAAAGCAGCAGUGGGGCAUUGCCUAUAAAAUCACUCCAGAGACAACAGAGGUGGAGCAGAAUGUGAUGAAGUGCUUUCAGCUCAACGGAACAAAGAAUGAAACGGUCACACCACAGGCAUCGCUACCUGAUGUGCAGGGCUUCCAGUUCCUGAGGAUGGAGUACUAUGGAGGUUCCCUGUGUGAAGUCUGGCAGAAUGUGACUACUGUGGGUUAUAAGAAGAACACAUACACACUUUGGGUGACCCAUUUGGAGAAACGUGCAGAUGGCCAAGAGCCCGCUACACCCCUCCACUAUGAGAUGAUGGGAUACAACACGCUGCUGGGGUCCCACUAUGACAAAUACCUGGUGGACUACAAGGAGUUCAGCACUCAUGUGGACCCCAAAGUCUUCUCCCUGCCUGAAGGGAUGAGCUGUGAGGGAUUUCCUGGUCCAGGAGUGGAGCACCACAUGUUGGCCAAUCCAAUGAAAGAUCUCAUCCACACCUCAGCUUCAGGCCACUCGCAGCGCAUGUUCACCCAUUUCAAGGAGAAGUUUCAGCGUCGCUACAGCGACGAAAGGGAGCAUGAGAAGAGGGAGCACGCUUUUGUCCAUAACCUCCGGUAUGUCCACUCCAAGAACAGGGCAGGGCUGCCUUUCUCUCUGGCUCUAAACUCUCUGUCAGAUCGCACCAUGUCAGAGCUGGCCACCAUGAGGGGAAGGAAACAAGGAAAGACUCCAAACAGAGGGCUCCCCUUCCCCUCCCAGAUUUAUGAAGGGUUGAAAGCACCUGAUUCAUUUGACUGGAGACUCUAUGGUGCUGUGACCCCAGUGAAGGACCAGGCCAUAUGUGGCUCCUGUUGGAGCUUUGCCACCACUGGAGCAGUAGAGGGCGCUCUCUUCCUAAAGACGGGGUCCCUGCAGGUUCUGUCUCAGCAGAUGCUGGUGGACUGUUCCUGGGGGUUCGGCAAUAACGGCUGUGACGGAGGGGAGGAGUGGAGGGCGUACGAGUGGAUUAUGAAACAUGGAGGCAUCGCCACGACAGAAACUUACGGAGCCUAUAUGGGAAUGAAUGGAUUUUGCCACGUGAACUCAUCCCAGCUCACUGCACGCAUCCAGAGCUACACCAACGUCACAUCAGGAGAUGCAGAGGCCCUUAAACUGGCUCUCUAUAAAAACGGGCCUGUGGCUGUUAGUAUUGAUGCGUCGCAUCGGUCAUUUGUUUUCUACAGCCAUGGGGUCUACUAUGAACCUGCCUGUGGUAAUACUACUGAUGAUUUGGACCAUGCUGUGCUUGCAGUGGGUUAUGGGACCCUGAGCGGGGAGCCAUACUGGUUAAUAAAGAAUUCAUGGUCCACUUACUGGGGCAAUGAUGGCUACAUCCUCAUGUCUAUGAAAGAUAACAACUGUGGCGUCACCACUGAUGCUACAUACGUAACACUGGCAUAGAUUUGUUUUUGUACUCCCUAUAUAAAUCUAUGUUAAAGCCACUAUGUGAGUACCGGAGGGUGAAUGACACCUAAUUUUGGAAGUGCUGUUGUAAUUAUUAUAUCUGAUUUGAAGUGCUUGAUAAUGUUAAAUGUUGCUGUUGAAUGGUGACUGAGUGAAUUGAGAUGCUGCACAACUUGUACACAGCCCACAUGGUUUUGACAAGUUUAUUGCUGAUGGCACAAAAGCACAGUGCCUUCAUUUCAGUUGUACAAAGUAUAUUGUGUGACAUUUCCAUUUGUUUAUGAUUUUUAUGUAAUUUGUUGUAUUGUUGCAAAUGUACUGGCCUGGAAACAAUGCAAUAAAAAAAAAGGAAACUUUUCCAAUUGC